AUGGACUCCUCCCUCUCCCUCAGCCAAUCCGUUGCUGGAUCGGACGCCCUCGACGUCAGCAAGCUAUUCGAGGUCAGCGGACGUGUCGCCAUAGGAGUGACGGGCGGAGGUACAGGGUUGGGUCUCGUCACUGCAACUGCCCUCGCCGAGAAUGGCGUGAGAGUGUACAUCACCGGUCGGCGUCUAGAGCCCCUCAAGGCUGCCGCAGAGUUCCAGCCGCGCAAGGGCAAUGGAUGUAUCAUCCCCAUCCAGGCCGACUUGGGGACCAAGGACGGCAUCAGAUCUCUGGUGGAGGCUGUGUCAAAGUCGGAGAAGUUUGUCAACAUCUUGAUCAACAACCACGGCAUCUUUCGAGGUCGUGCCAAGAUCGGCAACCCCAGACCCCAGACGGCAGAGGAGGUUGGUCGGGCCAUGUUUGAGGACGUCUCAUGGGACGAUUGGACGGAACUGUGCUCUACACACUGCGCGUCGCCGUACUUUACCACCGCGGCGUUCCUCCCUCUUCUUGCCGCCGCAAAGGAGCACGGCUUCCCCGAGCCUGGCAACGUGAUCCAGAUUGCGUCGCUCUCUGGCAUCACGCGUACUAGCCAGCGGGGUCAAAUGCCUUACAAUGCCUCCAAGGCUGGCACCAUCCAUCUCGCACUCAUGCAGAGCACCGAGUUUGCGCGGCGUGGGCUCGGAAUCCGGGUGAACGCUGUCUCUCCGGGCUACUUCCCUUCCGGAAUGAGCGUGGCUGACUUUGAUGACAAGCAAGGACAAGCCCAGCACUGGCGUGACGAGUAUGGGAUCCCUUUCCAGCGGGUGGGAAGCGCUGUUGACUACGCCCAGUGUAUCAUCGGACUGGCGGUGAACCAAUACAUCACGGGCACGAAUGUAAUCAUUGACGGCGCCUGGCUCGCUGGUCAAGAGUUCUAG